AUGUCAGGACCGAGCAUGGUGGCCAAUGCUCACUCCGACAACGACAUCAUGGGGAACAAGGCCGUGGUUGUGGUGGUGAAUAGGGCAAGAAAACUUCUUGUGUGGCUAGCAACACUUGAUGGAAUUGAUGUGAUCGGAAGCAGAUUAGCAGAUGAGGUGAUAUCUGUCAUAGAAUGCAAUCCUAAUGUUGAAAACAUUUCAAUUAUAGGCCACUCACUUGGUUGCCUAAUAUCAAGAUAUGAUAUUGCCAACCUGUACACACAGAAUCAAUCAUACCAUUUGACUGGAAACUAUAGAUCUGUGACAUGUAAUGGAAAAAUUGCUGGAAUUGAGGCUAUUAAUUUUAUUACAGUUGCCACUCUCCAUACCUUGGUUCAAGAGGACAUAGACAGUUGCAAUCAUCAAUGA